AUGGCGGCCCGGACUACUGUUCCAAUCCACGGCUCGGAACAGAAAGGUCUCUUCAAUUGGUUGUCAUUUUUCGAGGGUUAUCGCAAACAGUCCGCAAAGGAUGACUGCAUCGCAAAAGGCUACCUUGUCGCCAACAAUGAGCAGCACUUCGAAGACUGGGUCGACGAACUGGUGGGCUUCGUCAAUCGCGCGGCCCACAAAAUCGACGAAGAGAGUAUGAUAGAGGUGCUUUGGGCGCAAAUACCUCCUGCGAAGCGACACCUCGCAAAGGUAGACUGA